UUUUCUAUUUUUAAAAUGAAAAAUUCAAUAAGAAUUAUAAAAAAAAAAUUAAUUGUAUUGCUCAUAUUCACAAAUAUAAUAAUAUCAUGUUCUGUAGUUGAAAGUUCCGAAACAGAUGAUUCAAAUGAAGAAUCUUGUCAUUGUAAUAGUCGCACUUUUGACAGACAAACAAAUGUAAAGAAUUAUUAUAAGAAAGAAAUACAAAAUUCUUGUUUGGCGAAUGAUAUUCUUCAUGUUUAUGAAAAGACUGUGAAUUCUAUAAAUCAUUUAAAAAACAUGAUUAAGAUAAAGACGGGUAUUUUCACAAUUGGUACAAACGAUCCAAUUUUUAUUGCUGAUGGCGAAGGACCAAAACAGCAAAUAUAUUUAAAUAGUUUUUACAUAGAUAAGACGGAAGUGAGUAAUCGCGAUUUUGCAAAAUUCGUUGAUGCCACUAAUUAUAAAACAGAAGCAGAAAGAUUCGGAGAUUCAUUUGUAUUUGGAGGUCUGUUAAGACAAAAAGAUCAAGAGAAUGUAACGCUUGUUGUUGCUCAAGCUCCUUGGUGGUUACAAGUAAAAAAUGCAAAUUGGCUACAUCCAGAGGGUCCUGAAUCAGAUGUUAAGAAUAGAAUGGAUCAUCCUGUUGUUCAUGUAUCAUGGAACGAUGCUAUUGCCUAUUGCAAUUGGUUAGGAAAACGAUUACCUACUGAAGCAGAAUGGGAAGUUGCAUGUCGAGGAGGAUUAUCGGAUAGAUUAUAUCCAUGGGGAAAUAAAUUAAUUCCAAAUGGUCAAUAUAGAGCAAAUACAUGGCAAGGUGAUUUUCCAAAUAAUAAUACCAAAGAAGAUGGAUAUGAAGGAACAUCACCCGUUAGAGAAUUCCCACCGAAUAAAUAUGGAUUAUAUAAUAUGAUAGGAAAUGUUUGGGAAUGGACAUUUGAUUGGUGGACGAUUGAAAUCACAACACGAGGCGGAUCUAUUAAUCCUACUGGACCAAGUCAAGGUAUAAACAAAGUGAAAAAGGGUGGUUCCUAUCUUUGUCACAAAAGUUAUUGUUUUCGAUAUAGAUGUGCUGCACGGAGCCAAAAUACUCCUGAUACAACAGCUGGAAAUCUUGGUUUUAGAUGUGCAUUAUCAGUUUAAUUUUAUAUUUAAAUGAAUUCUUUUAAAUAAAUAAUCUGAAUAUUUCUUCUUA